GGUGGGCUAGUUUGGGUGCUGGUGGUGGUGGCGUUCGGAUGAGUUACUCCAAUUGUUGUGUCGGCGCCCCUCCUCACUUGUUUCUUGCUUUGGAUGUGUAUGAAGCGCGUUGAGCGCUCCGGGGCACGUGAUGUAUGCCGUUGUACUCCCCAUAAAUAUGCACACUCUCGCACAACCUCAGCCGUCGCCUGCAGCAGAAAAUCAUCUCCGUUCAUGGAUUUCAAAAACACCAAACAGAAUGUGAAAUAUAUUGCGCGCGCUUAACCACCAUACAACAUUAACAACUUAAAGUGCUGGCUGAAUUUAUUGAAAUUUUGUAAAAUGUUGUAGGCUUCUUGACAGUAGUGCUUGUGUAAUUCAAUACAUUGUCAAUCAACGUUUUUUUCCUGGAUACCGUUGACGGAUAACGCCUGCACAACACGAGGAACUAUGUAAAGGAUUUCUCUGAAGCAUCCAAGGCAAUCCCCCCCAAUAUCAUCGUCAGUUAUGAGGUCCGUACUGGACGAGGUUGCAGACACCACUUUCCGGACCAUCACCUCUGGGCUCCAGUACCUCGGCUCCAACGAUGCCAGCUACGACGAUGCAACAUCAGCCGUGGACCUCACCAAGGGCCGCUUUGCCCUGCAGAAGCCCCUGUCUGCGUUCCGCAGCACCGCUUUCGCAGACAAAGUGCAGCCAGACGAGGAGCUCAUUCUCAAGAGUCUGGCCUUUUACCCGACUAACUCCUCUGACCUGUUUGGCAACAGGAGCUUUGUGGGUGACGAGGCGGGGAGCAGCAGCACCAUCGAGUGUGGGGAGAACUUCAUGGACAUGGAGUGCUUCAUGAUCCUGACUCCCAGCCAACAACUGGCCGUGGCCGUCCUGUCCCUCACCCUGGGAACGUUCACCGUGCUGGAGAACCUGGUUGUUCUCUGUGUGAUCCUGCAGUCUCGCACUCUACGCUGCAGACCGUCCUACCACUUCAUUGGCAGCCUGGCCGUGGCGGACCUACUGGGCAGCGUCAUCUUUGUCUACAGCUUCUUAGACUUUCACGUUUUCCACCGCAAGGACAGCCCCAACGUGUUUCUGUUCAAGUUGGGCGGGGUGACGGCCUCGUUCACGGCCUCGGUCGGAAGCCUGUUCCUCACCGCCAUAGAUCGGUACAUCUCCAUACACCGGCCGCUGGCCUACCGUCGCAUCGUCACGCGCACCAAGGCUGUGAUCGCCUUCUGCAUGAUGUGGGCCAUCUCCAUCAUCAUCGCCGUGCUGCCGCUGCUCGGCUGGAACUGCAAGCGACUCAACUCUGUCUGCUCCGACAUCUUCCCGCUCAUCGACGAGAACUACCUGAUGUUCUGGAUCGGGGUGACGAGUGUGCUGGUGAUCUUCAUCAUCUACGCCUACAUGUACAUCCUGUGGAGGGCGCACCACCACGCCGUGCGCAUGCUGAGCCGGACCUCCCAGAAGAGCCUGGUGGUCUACUCGGCCGACGGGACUAAAGUGCAGACCGCGCGACCGGAGCAGACGCGCAUGGACAUCCGCUUGGCCAAGACGCUGGUGCUGAUUCUGGUGGUGCUGGUCAUCUGCUGGGGCCCUGUGCUGGCCAUCAUGGUCUAUGACCUGUUCUGGAAGAUGGACGAUGACAUAAAGACCAUCUUUGCCUUCUGCUGCAUGCUCUGUCUCCUCAACUCCACCGUAAACCCCAUCAUCUACGCCUUGAGGAGCAAAGAUCUGCGCCGUGCGUUCUUGAGCAGCUGCACCGUGUGCAAAGGCAGCACUCAACAGCUGGAUAACAGUCUGGAGUCAGACUGCCCGAACAGACAUCCCAGCAUCGUUGCCAAUCGAGCUGCAGAAAGUUGUGUGAAAACCACUGUGAAAAUAGCCAAAGUAACAAUGUCUGUUUCCACGGAGACGUCUGCCGAAGCUGUGUGACUGGCUACAGGCUCCCCUGUGGUGCUCCUCUAGCACAAAGCACUCGCCAGUCAUUUUUUUAUAAUUUCGGGGGUGCUUUUUUGGGCCUUUAUUAGGACAGGACAGUUUGAGAGGUGACUGGGAAUGAGCCGGAGAGAGAGGUGGGGUACAAUAGGGAAAUUACCAGGCUGGAUUCGAACCUGUCUCUUAACACUUGCCAGUCUUGAAAAGACUGGUAGAAUGUCUUGGGGAAUGACUGGUGAAAUCAGCAACAACAUUUCAGCAAUUCACAAUUGUUUCUUGGAUUUUUUUUUGGUCUUCUUUCAUUUAAAUAGUAAAUAGGCUACCUGCUGCAUACUUGUUGCUGUGGGUGACACACGUCGCCCCUUGCAUUCAUGAAAUGUAUUUUUCUACAUUCAAAUCAGGUUAUUGAACAGUGCGUUUGUCUAUCACGGGGAUAAGGGGCUACCGAAUUUUACGUUACAACAGUCUAUGUAAAGCAAAACUACUGUAUGCUGAUAAUAACUUUAUAGCACUGUUCAUGUUAUUGUCAUUGAUGAAAUGGAAUUGAGUCAUGACUUUUUUAUUGAACAAAUGAACUGAUGUG